UCCCUCGGACACAGCAGAUCACCGAUCAAUGGAAAGAGCCGAAGAUGGCGGCUCGGUCAUGUGAUCAGCUGUGUCCAAUCACAGCUGAUCACAUCUGUCACGCUGACAGCUCAAGGGGACAGGAGAGCCGGUAAUCGGCAUUCCACAGUGAGGACAUGUACACUGAUGAUCAGUGUAGCCCCAGCAGUGCCAGCUGUCAAUGCCCAUCAGUGCUUCAUCAAUGCACAUAUCAGUGCCUACCAGUGCACAUCAAUGCCACAUAUCAGUGCCCAUCUGAGCUGCCUUUCAGUGCCACUUAUCAGUGCUGCCAAUAAGUGCCACCUAUCAGUGCCAGUCAGUGCCGCCUAUCAGUGCCAGUCAGUGCCGCCUAUCAGUGCCAGUCAGUGCCGCCUAACAGUGCCAGUCAGUGCCGCCUAACAGUGCCAGUCAGUGCCGCCUAACAGUGCCAUAUAUGAGUGUUGCCUUUCAGUGCCCAUCAGUGAUGCCUGUCAAUGCCCAUCAGUGCCACCUACUAGUGCCUCCUCAUUAGUGCCCAUCAAUGCCACCUAUCAGUGCAGCCUAUCAGUGCCCAUCACUGCAGCCUCAUUAGCGCACAUCGGUGAAGGAGAAAAAUCACUUAGUUACAAAAUUUUAUAACAACUAAGAAAAAACUUUUUUUUUUCAAAAUUUUCAGUUGUUUUUGGUUUGUUUAGCAAAAAAUAA